AUGAAGACUCUCUUCCUUAAUGUUGGAGGCUUAAGGAGACCUAGAGCCAAAGACAAACUAAGGAGUUUAGUUAAACAGUUUAGUCCUACAUUAGUAUGGGUGGUGGAACCAAAAAUUAGAUGGAAUUCAAAGGAUUGUAAGAGUUUAAAGUUACCAGGAAUGCAUCACAAACUAAUACAUAAUUCUACAAAUGAGAGAAAAUGUAACAUAUGGCUUUUUUGGAGUGCUUCAAUAACUGAACCUUAUGUUGUUUCAAUUACUAAUCAAGUGAUAACAGUAAAUGUGGGUGGAGUUUUAGUAUCUGGUAUUCAUGCUGCUUCUCUUGCAGCUAACAGAAAAGAAUUAUGGUUGGAAUUAGAGCAAAUGAGCAAUAUGGAUCUACCAUGGUUAUCAAUCGGUGAUUUUAAUACAGUACUAAGUGUAGAUGAGAAAAAUGGAGGGAGAACACCAUUAAGAGUAGCAAUGAAAGAUUUUCAUGAAGCUUUGAAUGUUUGUAAUCUAAUUCAGGCUCCAAAAUCAAGAUUACAGUUUACAUGGUGUAAUAAUAGAGCUGGUACCAAAAGGAUAGCGUGCACUUUGGAUAGAGCUUCAUUUAACUUAAAAUGGAGUGAGAAAUAUCUUGGAUGGAGCUAUAAAGUUGGAGUGAGAAGUGUUUCAGAUCACAGUCCUUUAUUGGGAUCAUGUAUUACUGUUCCAAAACCUAAAAAUGUUCCAUUCAUAGUGCUUAAAGUAUGGUUAGAACAUGAAGAUUUCAAGAGACUAAUUCAAGAUGUAUGGGCUACAGAAGUUAUAGGAAAUCCAAUAGUAAAAUUGACAAAGGAAGAGGAGGAGGUUUUAAAUGCAACUACAAUAUCAGACCAGAAUCCUAGUGAUACUAUAUUAUUAAAUAAUUUGGUUGUGGCAAGAGGGAAACAAGAAAUGCUCAAUCAACAACUUCAUUCCAUUUUACAACAAAAAUCUAGGGAGAAGUGGUUAAAACAUGGUGCUGCUAAUACAAGGUUCUUCCAUACUUCAAUAAAGAUAAGACAAGCUGCAAAUGCUAUAACUGAGUUGGAGGAUGAUAAUGGAUCAAUAGUUACAGAUCAACAUCAAGUUGUACAUUUUCUAGAACAACAUUUUGAAGAGAAGCUUAAGUUUAAAAAUGUGAUUUUUGUUGAUGGGAUUUUUUAUGUUAUACCUGAAGUAGUCACUUUAGAAGAUAAUAAGAUGCUAGAAGGUGUUCCCUCAAUUCAAGAAAUAAAAGAUGUUGUUUUUUCACUUAAUGCAGAUAAUGCUCCUGGGCCAGAUGGUUUUCCAGUUUUUUUUAUAGAUUUGCUUGGGAGAUAA